UCGAGAUGCCACCCCCAGGACGCGGAUACGGUGGGCCACCUCCACGGGGUCCCGGAAUCGCCUACGGACCACCGCCACCUCGAGUAAAUGUCGGCAUCAAUAUCGGCGGACCACCGCGUCCUCCGCCCAUCGGCGUGGGCAUCGGCUUUGCACCGCCACCCGUGGUGGUUGCACCACCGCCACCAACUGUGAUCGUCGGAGCACCACCUCCACCGCCCAUGGUCGUGAUGCCACCGCCACGACCCACCGUUGUGGUGGGUGGCCAGGCUCCGGUGGCCACUGUGUAUGCCCAGCCCCAGGGAGAGGUUUUCUGCUGCACGAUUCUCUGACGGAAAAUUGGAAAUGAACCACUGCGCUUCUGUAUAGAAUUAUUCACUACGUGUAUACGCCUUAAAUUAGUAAAAUAAAAUAGUUUACUCAUAGAAAAGUCCUCACUCCACGUUCGAUUAAAGUUCGCAAUGCCUUGAAAGACAUAUAAAUGCAAUCAAAAAUCAAUAUCAAUGUGUGUUAUUUUAAUUUUUGAAGUGUGAACCAAUGAAAGUAUUAAUAAAAUGUAUGCAAA